UCUUUAGUUCUUUUGACUUGAGUUGAGAAGUUGUAAGAAGUGGAGAGAAGCGAAAGCGCAUGAAAGCAGACCAAAUAUUGCAAUAAAUUACACGUCACAACGGAGAGGUUCAUAUGUAUGUCAUAUAAAACGUGUGUGGUUGAAAACGGGUAUUUUUUACGCAAUAAGGAAAGUAAUUAUCGAUUCAGUGUUAAAGUGAAACGUUAUAACCUAUAACAAUUCCACUCCAAGAUGGCAGAUUCUUCGAGUGCGAGUAGUGCUAAUCAACCUGAAAGAGGAUUGGCAGCUUUAAAACAGCAUGUUAUCGAGCAUAAAAUUAGUUGUGGAUUAUGGGCAUUGAGACUUCUGGCAAUGCUGUUUACAUUAUUUUAUUUCAUACCUUUAUUCGGUAAUCCGUACAAUAUCUACUACAAAGUGUUAAUUUGUAAUUCUGCAAUCAAUGCUUUACGAUUGCAUCAGCGAAUGCCACCAAUCCAAUUCACAUCAGCUUUCUUUGCGGAGCUGUCUAUGGAAGAUUCUUUCCACUACUUGUUUUACGCAUCGGUAUUUCUUUAUGCCUCACCGAUAGCACUGGUUCUUCUUCCCAUCUUCUUGUUCGCGUUGCUUCAUUUCGCAAGCUACUCUCUAACUUUGCUUGAUUGCUUGGGGCAGAACAGAAUGUGGGCGUGGCGACUUAUGAUCUCGCUGGUGGAGUUCCAGUCAGGAAAUAUCUUGCGUUUUAUUGCAAUGAUCGAGAUCAUUUUACUCCCUAUCUCAAUUUUCCUAGUCUUCUCGGGCCGUGCCGGUUUACUGACGCCGUUUAUCUACUACCACUUUUUGAGUUUACGUCUCAAGUCAAGGAGGAAUCCCUACACGCGCAAUGUUUUUUACGAAAUCCGAAAUGCAAUAAGUGCUGUUGCUGCCAAACCUUCAGUACCUGCCAUCAUCAGACGUCUCUUAACCUACUUUUUGCAGGUCGUUCAAGUCAUGGAGCCUGUGCGCCAACAAUAAAUCCAGAUGAAUUUCUUCGCGCGGAAGAACGAUUAAAGUCAAUCGCGAUCAUAAUUUGAAAGUGCUCCUUGAUCCAGUUUUGGCAAUGCUCGUGAGGAAAUGCACGAUUUUUGUGCGAUGUGCGCCUAAUCUCGGCACACUUGCGAUAACUCUUUUCGCUGAGAUCUCACGUUGUGUGAUACUUGCACAUUUUGAUGAAAGACAUGAAACAUAAGUAAGCUACCAAUAUUUUUCGCCUCGAUUCAUUUGCCUCAUCAAUAACAAAGAUUUCCUAGAUUAGGAUAGAAAUCGAUUCAAAAAUAUUGGUAUCUUUUUAAAUUUAACGUUUGAAGUAAUUAAAAUUACCUUUCUUUGUACGAGACCGACUCUGGCUUUUGGAUUGAGCUACUUUUCGCCUCUGAAGUUGAUCUUAGAGAAUCUCCUGGAGGGUAAAAUAAAUAUCUUCAUAAAGUGCUCAUAAUCAAAUCGACGUGUGAGAAUUAUAAUGGGACAUUUAUCGAAUUGGAGGUAGAUUAGUUUAAUUCUGACACGACGAAAUACCUGAGAAAACUUCUAGAUCAUAACAUUUACCAUUUCUAUUGCCAUAGUUUUAAUUGAAAUUCCUUCGAAAUUGUGCAUUUGUCAUUUUGGUGUCUGUUUUUGACCAAGUUUGGUAUAAAAUUAAAAUAAGACGAUUAUAAUCGAGAGAAAUAUUGGAGCAGGCAGUUUGCUGUUUGGAAAAAAUUUUUCAUUACACUUAGGCGCUUUGGUUUCUUUAAAUGUAGAUAAAAGUUGCUGUUUUAGAACCGCAAAAGUAUUUUUAAUGUCUUAAAGGCAUUUGGGUGGCAGUUGGAAAGCAUGCAUGAUUUUUUGAAUUCUGUAUUAUUUUCAAAUUCUCUUCUAAGCUUAGACAAUACUUUAAAUGUUGUUUCAAUUACAUAUAAUCUAACUCAAUACAAUAUUAAAGGAAAGAUGUUUAAAUUAAAAAUAAAUCAGGGAAUUUUCCUUUAGAUGCUCUAGUAUUUCUAAUACGUAAUUUUCAGGAUUGUAAUCUUUUAUUGAUAAAGUUAAGAAUUCUUUGAUUCAAAUAUACGUAAUGCGUGAAUAUUAAUUCAUGAAUUGAAGUAAUUGAUAAAGUUGAGAGCAUUUUUAAAAUUUUGCAUUUAUAUUAUACCAAGGAAAAAGUGGAUGAAAGUUAAAACUGUUAGUAUACAUGUAAAAUAUUUUGGCUUGCUUGUGGAUUAAUAGAUAAAAAAAAACAUUUUUUUCUAUUAGAAAAACUGGUCUCUAAAUUUGCCAUUUCUGACUGUUAAUUAUGAAAGCAUAAAUACUUGAAAGUUUGAAUUUCAAUGAUUAAUGAGUAUGUUGAGCAUUGUACAAGUCUCUACAAUAUAUAAUUGUAUCUUCAUGUUAAACGUGUAUUCUUCUUUUGUGAAACUGGUUGUUUCUCAGAAUAUCUAAACUAAGCUGUCUGCUCUAAAGUGUCCAUUAUUUGUCGAUCUUUUUUACACUAUAUAGUGCUAAUUAUUACUUGUAAAUGUUUA